AAGCAUUUUGCGAAGUGACUCCUUGUGGGCCGCACAUCCUCGCGACGCGCACGAUUUAUCAUAUCAAGUAUAUUGAUACCAAGUGAAUGCAUUUAUAACAUAAAAAUGUUGAUAAGAUUAAAUGCCCAUUUUUUUAUUUUAAGUUUAUUAACUGUAGUCUCAAGGAGUAGCGUCCUCGGUGAAAAUGUGGGCGAAUUUUCCGCAGAAACAGGAGCUUUUUAUACCGAUGAUGCUGUAUUCAUUAAUGUAGCUGUCGAAAGAGUGAAGCGCGAUUCAAACAACACACGAGAUGGAAAACAACUAUUAUUAUUACGACCCAGACAGACAUCAAACGAUGCGUAUGGUUUGGCAUGCGAGACGACUAUCGGGAAGAGGGGCAUAUGUAAGAGCUUCCGUGAGUGCUACCCGCUUUUCAAAGUGGCCGAUAUCUCUGACAACGGAUGGCUAAUGGGCCACUACGAUACUUGCAGUUACAAAACGAAUGACAACACAGAGAUGUUCGGCGUGUGUUGCACGGAGCCCGUAGGAACACCACCGCAACAGGAACCUGACUUACAACGCUUCGGGUUAUUGCCUCUAUCGCGUUCGUCAUCAUUGUCCAAUAGCUUCAUGCCAGCGCCUCUUUCUGCGCAAUGGCCGUUUAAUUACUACAGUCAAAUUUCACAAUGGCCGCCAACAAUACCUCCGCUACCGACGCAUCCGCCAGAUCACUCAGCGCCCACGCACCCUCCAUCGACUGUUGCAGGUGUUACAACAAAACCACCAGUUCCAUCAAAUACGCCUCCAACAACGACUUGGGGCACAAAACCUCCAGCCAGCACAACUAAGCAGACUUGGCCUCCAGCGUAUCCCACUCAACCGACUAAGCCCAGCACUGAUUCAUCAUGUGGCAUAAAGAAUGGACCACAGACUUAUGGCAACACUUACGAGUCUCUAGACGAGGAGCGUAUAGUGGGCGGACACAACGCGGAGCUGAAUGAAUGGCCGUGGAUUGUGGCGCUGUUCAACAACGGGCGGCAGUUCUGUGGCGGGUCGCUUAUGGAUGACUCACACGUGAUUACAGCUGCACAUUGCGUUGCACACAUGACAUCAUGGGACGUCGCACGGCUGACGGCAAGACUCGGUGACCACAACAUACGCACGAGUACUGAAACUCAACACGUAGAAAGAAAAAUCAAACGGGUGGUCAGACAUCGAGGUUUCGACAUGCGUACUUUGUACAACGACGUUGCAAUUCUGACUCUGGACCAACCUGUAACAUUUACAAAGCAUAUCCGCCCGGUAUGUUUGCCUGGCGGAAGCCGAGCGUACUCCGGGAUGGUCGCAACUGUUAUUGGAUGGGGAAGUUUACGGGAGAGUGGCCCUCAACCCUCCAUUUUACAAGAGGUAUCUAUUCCAAUCUGGACUAAUGCAGAGUGUCGACUAAAGUACGGCUCCGCAGCACCUGGCGGUAUUAUCGACAGCAUGAUAUGCGCUGGUAAAGCCAGCAUGGACUCCUGCAGCGGAGACAGUGGAGGACCACUCAUGGUGAAUGAGGGUGGUCGUUGGACUCAAGUGGGUAUCGUUUCCUGGGGUAUCGGCUGUGGCAAGGGGCAGUACCCUGGCGUCUACACGCGUGUCACAUCUUUCUUACCUUGGAUACAGAAGAAUUCCAAGUAAAACAAUAUAUAAGGAUAAAUAUUCAAGGAUUUCGAUAUGUAGGUUUUAUGUAUAAGCUGAAGCCACUAAAGAAUAUUGUUGAUGAACCAAUUAAAAUCUUUGCUGGCAUUUUACGUCUGUCUUUAACUUUUUGAAUAGUUACUGGCUACAAAAUUAAAACUUUUUACAUUAUAAAAAAAAAAACAAGAAACAGAUUACAAUCACACCCGAUUGUCACUUUAAAUUUCACCAUGACAUAUAUAUUCUUUAUGGCUCAGACAAUAAAUCAAUUAUCUUGAGAAAGGCAACUUAAAUGUAUUCUUGUCUUUCUUAAUAAAUUGUUAUUUUUAUUUUCAAUUAUUGCGGAUAUAAUGCCAUUAAAUUGUGCCAAUAUAGUUUAAGAACUAUAAAUAAAUAAACAAACGAAUACCUUGA